AUGCUUGUAAACAGCACUGUCAGUAGGAGGGACUUUCAAUUUACAGUCCCACCCUAUGUUGUCAUCCCUGUUCAGCCUUUUUCAGUGCGUGUGUUGUGGUGGGAAAGGGAAAAGCGACAGAAGGAAAAGGGAAAAGGGAAAAGGAAGAGUGGUCAGCAGGGCCAAGGGGAGAGAAGAGGGGGGAAGUGGGCGUGCAUGUGUGAGUCAGGGCAUGUGCUGAUUCUUCAAUGUUAAGACAGAGCUGCCAUGGAGUCUUCUAGACUGAUCUACUCCACACUACUGACAGUUAACUACUGUCAUUGUCCGUGGCUUUAAAUGUCUUUUGCCAUGGCAAAGCGUGAGGCUGGGAGCACCAGCCCUGUGGUGCGUCAGAUAGACAAACAGUUUCUGGUCUGCAGCAUCUGUCUGGAUCACUACCGGAACCCCAAGGUCCUGCCCUGUCUGCACACCUUCUGUGAAAGUUGUCUCCAGAACUACAUUCCCCCAGAGUCUCUGACACUCUCGUGUCCAGUGUGUCGGCAGACGUCCAUCCUGCCAGAGAAAGGAGUGUGUGCUCUACAGAACAACUUCUUCAUCACUAAUCUCAUGGAGGUCCUUCAACGAGAGCCCGAGUGCUCACGGCCGGAGGCCUGCAGUGUCCUGGAGUCAGUUAGCGCUGCAGCUGCAGGGAAGCCCCUCUGCUGCCCAAACCAUGAGGGAAAGGUGAUGGAGUUCUACUGCGAGUCGUGUGAGACAGCCAUGUGUCUGGACUGUACAGAGGGUGAGCACCAGGAGCAUGUGACUGUUCCUCUGCAGGACGUCGUGGAACAGCACAAGGCUGCGCUGAAGACACAGCUGGAUGCCAUACUGAGCAGGCUCCCACAGCUAACAAUAUCCAUCGAGCUGGUGAGUGAGAUCUCCCGCCAGCUGAAUGAAGGGAAGAACAAGGCGGUGGCAGAGAUUACCAGUACGUUUGAAGAGCUGGAACGGGCGCUGCAUCAGCGCAAGACGGCCCUCAUCACAGACCUGGAGAACAUCUGCAGCACUAAGCAGAAGGUCCUGCAGGCCCAGCUUUCAUCUCUCCUCCAGGGGAAGGAACACAUCCAGAGCAGUUGCAGCUUUACUGAGCAGGCUCUUAGCCAUGGGAGUGCUACUGAGGUGCUGCUAGUUCAGAAGCAGAUGAGUGAGCGGGUAACAGCGCUGGCAAGACACGACUUCCCAGAGAGACCACAGGAGAAUGCACACCUGGAUUGUCAGGUGGAGACUGAAGGUCUGCGGCGCUCUAUCCAGAACCUGGGAGUUCUCAUCACCACAGCCGCUGUGGCCCACACCUCCGUCGCCACAGGAGAGGGCCUCCGCCACGCAGCAACUGGGCAGAUCCAAACAAUUACUGUGACAACAAAAGACAAAGAUGGGGAGCUGGUGCGGACAGGAAAUGCUGUUUUAAAAGCGGAGAUAACGUCUGCUGACAGGAGCCGUGUUGCAGAGGCGGAGAUAACGGACAAUAAGAAUGGGACAUAUGAGGUGGGCUACACGUUACGCUCUGAGGGAGAGUACACUUUCUCUCUGUUGCUGUAUGGCCAACCGUUACGUGGCAGCCCGUUCCGCCUGCGGGCGAUCAAGCCCUCAGAUGUGCCACAAUCUCCAGAUGACGUGAAGAGGAGGGUGAAGUCUCCCAGCGGGACAGGGGGCCACAUACGGCAGAAAGCAGUGCGACGGCCUUCCAGCAUGUACAGCACCACCAAGAAAAAGGAGAACCCCAUCGAGGAUGAGCUCAUCUACAGAGUGGGUUCCCGAGGCAGAGAAAAAGGGGAGUUCACAAAUCUGCAGGGAAUCUCAGCGUCUUGUAGCGGCAGAGUGGUGGUGGCUGACAGCAACAACCAGUGUAUACAGGUAUUCUCCAAUGAUGGCCAGUUCAAGAUGCGCUUUGGGGUCAGAGGUCGGUCUCCGGGGCAACUGCAGAGACCGACUGGUGUCACUGUGGACAUGAACGGGGACAUUGUGGUGGCCGACUAUGACAAUAGAUGGGUCAGCAUCUUCUCCUCUGAUGGGAAGUUUAAGAAUAAGAUCGGUGCAGGCCGGCUCAUGGGUCCUAAGGGUGUUGCUGUUGAUAAGAAUGGACACAUCAUCACUGUGGACAACAAGGCCUGCUGUGUCUUUAUCUUUCAAUCCAAUGGGAAGUUGGUGACUAAAUUUGGAGGCAGGGGGACCUCUGACAGACAGUUUGCAGAAAAACUUGGCCCAAACUUUAAUAAAUCUGGCUCAGUUUUCAGUCCACACUUUGUUGCAGUGAACAACAAGAAUGAAAUUAUUGUGACCGAUUUUCACAAUCACUCUGUAAAGGUUUACAGUGCAGAUGGAGAGUUCUUGUUCAAAUUUGGCUCUCACGGUGAAGGCAAUGGCCAAUUCAAUGCUCCCACUGGUGUGGCUGUGGACGCCAACGGAAACAUCAUCGUAGCUGACUGGGGUAACAGCAGAAUCCAGGUGUUUGACAGCACAGGCUCCUUCUUAUCUUACAUUAACACCUCAGCUGACCCGCUGUACGGCCCCCAGGGGCUCGCCCUCACCUCAGAUGGACAUGUUGCUGUUGCCGACUCUGGGAACCACUGCUUUAAGGUUUACAGAUAUCUUCAGUAGGCUGAGGGAAAGCAUCGCCGACACAACCCCUGCUUAAACGCGUACUGCUUGCGGACAUAGAGCUGCAGUGUGCCUGCACACUUUACAUUGGCCCCAGGUUCCACAAAUGAAUUUCAUUUUCAUUUUGUUUGUACAUACUUCAGAAUAUCUACUAUUCAGAGCUAAAGACAAAGACAUGUUUUUGCAUGAAAAACAACCAAAAUACCUAAAUUCAAGUCUAAAAAAAAGAAUGUUAUAAGGACAAAAUAAGCUAGUUAUCCCAAAACUUAUUGCAAGAAGUGAUAUUAAUUUCCUCUCUGAGAAAAAAGAAAUUUCAAGAGACUAUCCUGGUGAAAUAAAGGUUAAAAAAGAAAUAAAAUGUCACAUCCUGUAAUAAGAGAUUUCCCUAUAUGAUCUCUCAUGGUCAUAGUCUUUGUUUUUCACCAAAUCCUGUGAGGGAAAAAAUGAACUUGAAAGUAACUAGGUGGAACAAGGUGGAACAAGGUGUUGCAGCUGUAUGUCUCACAAGUGUGACCUCACCAGUAGAUAGGCUGCCAGAACGAAGUUGGUGAUACACUGCAAUUUGUUUGGGCAAUGCAGAUGGACAACACUACCCGCAACCAGGAAAAAAAGCGAGGCACGGAAGCUAAAGUUUACUACCGGUUUCCUGAUGUUGCUUUGUGAUUGAAAUAACAAUGCUCAGGCCUUUCCUUGAACACUGUUUGAUGUCUGUGUGCUCCAAAAAAUGUCCUUGUCGUCACUGCCUUCAAUUCCGCAUCAGUAAACGCAACGGAACACAUGCAGACAGGAAUGUGUUGUUUAAAAGAAAUUUUUUUGUAUUCUUAUUUUGCACCUUAUCACUCUGACAAGAUCCUUGCAGAUAUGUGCACAGAUAUAGAUUUUGGUUUUCUUUUAAGUCAUAAGAUGGUGUUGACCUAUACGCACGUUUUUUUCUUUUGGUAGCCAAAGACGAGCAGCAAGAAGCACAACAGUUCAUAAAAUAACAAGGUCAUUGAACACAACAUCUAGUCUUCUUCUUUAAACCAAAACAGACUUCUUACUGUAUAUCUGACCCCAAUAGUUCUUGCACUUUUGUGUACCUAAUGUAGUUGUACAUGCGGUAUGCAUAUUUAGGUGUACAUAUGGAUUUGGUGUCCAUGUUCUUUCACUAUAUAGCCUACUUAUUACAACACUUAAUGAAUCAACACUGAAGCAUAAUUAUACUAAUACAGUAGAAGGUAGAAGUAGUAGCCAAAUGAAUAACUUGCAGACAUCAAUGGAACAAAGUUGUAUAAACAUUAUUUGCUGUACUUUUUUUUUUCAAAGGAUUUAGUUUUUUUUUUUUUUUUUUUCUUUUCUACAUAAUUUGUUCUACAAAUUAUUUUUCUAAUUGGUGCAUUUGAACUGUCUCCUCUUUGCCAAACAUAUUUGUACAUAGGCCUUGUAACUGAAAGCGGUUCCCUCUUUCGCCUCUUCCCAGAGCUCCCAUCCAUUAAACAGUCCUUUUGCCAAAACAUAUCAUUGUAAGUUGUUGUUGAACAUUGCACAAAAUACAAAUAUAAGAGUUAUAUAGUUUGUAAGAGUAAUAUAUGCCUCUGUGUAUAGUUAUCAUUUAACAUAAUCCUAAAGUGUACUGUAUAUUACAAUCACAUUCUUGUUGUCGCCGACAAGCCCCUUUAUCAUGGGUUUUUCCAGUAUUUGUAUUCAUUUGCUUGGUUGUUCGGUGCUUUGAAGGUUUUCUGUGUGGUUUCUCAAGGAACAACACCACCAGCUAACACCAGGUUUUUCACCUGUAUUUUAUGGAUAAACUGUCUCUGAUAAUUGAUCUGUAAUCCAUUAUAUCUUCCCAACUGCAUUUCCUAUUUAAUGGAAAACUUAGUUGACUUUCCAUAAAUCAGACCCAUGUGUUUGUUUUUUAUGUCUGUCUAUCUCUCACCUGUGACGGUUCCACUUAAUGUCCGUGUUAAACAAAGGAAGCACAUAGGAAACAGUACAUCAACCAUCUUGUGUAGCCACUAGCCUACAGUAUACUACAGGAGGCCAGUCUUGCAAGAAGUAAUCACUACAUUUAUGUAAUCAUGGCAAAGGUAUGAUUGUAAAUAAAGAAUUACACUAUGAA